GUGAACCCUUUAAAGGAUUUCUAGGUCUGGCAUGAUGGCUUCCACGUCACCCCCACAGGCUGAACCCCUACCCAGCUUAUUAGUGGCACCACUGCUCUCUCUGUGCAUAUCAGCAAUCGAAGAACCCACUCCACAUAUCUUCAAUGCUAUCACAAACGAGUUGCACACACUCACUCAGAAGCCUGUACAAGCACAUGUACUGAAGCACACGAGUGUUAAAGAGAGUGUACAGCUGGCGUGUGUGAGUUACUUAGAGAGACACGAGAAUACAGCAACGGAACGUGAGUUGCUGGCUGUUCUAGGGUGUUUGCUUGCGUUACUGAGUGGUUUGAAUGGGACUAAUAAACAAGAGCUGGGGUAUCAACCGGAACAUGACCUUCAACAGUCUAGAUGUGAACAUUCUAGUAGUGAGUUUUGUUCUUCCGCUACAGCCACAGCGAGACAUGAGUCAUAUGCGCGGGUACUCACAGUUCUGGCGAGGAUAGCAGCACCUACACAUAUGGUGCGAUAUACUAACACAAGCAGCCAAGCUCCACACAGGUCUCAUGAAAAGGCCGAUGAGGUUGUGCAGAUGGCCGUAGAGUGUUUAGAAGGCUACUUUGGACUUAUGCGAAUGGAAAAUCAGACUGAGAUGGAUAAUCACACGAAAGACGUACAAUCACGAGGAAGUAGUGUGGUAGUGUUAUUUGAACAGAACAAUACCCAAAAUAGACCACAUGAUCUUAGUGGAGACAUGAAAGGAAUUCCGAGGCCAGGAUCCCGCCCCCAAACGAACAAUAGUAUCCAGCAAAACAACGAGCACAAUAUUCUGAUAUCGUAUAUCAUCGCCGUGUUACUGGCAUAUGUUGAGGUGGGACAACGGUUAUGGCGAUGGGGUCGAGGUGGUGUCGAGGAUAAUGCCGGGACUGGUGACUGUGCUCGCCAGGGUGAUCGCAGCAAGUGA